AUGGCCAUCACCGCCAGCAUUGCCGCUCCUUACCCUUCCCGCCUCGGCGCGACGACGACGCGUUUGCCUGCGGAGGUGGAUCCUUUGCGGCUCCCGAACCACGUUGCGAUAAUCAUGGACGGGAAUUCGCGGUGGGCGAAGGCGCGAGGGAUCGCCAAGGAGCGCCAGCUGCGAGCAGCGGCGGAGGCGUGCUAUUCCAACGCCCGGGAGAUCGUGAGGUUGUCCAGCGACUGGGGGAUCAAAGCGCUCACGCUCUUUGCCUUCUCCACCGAGAAUUUCUUGCGGCCCAGGGAAGAAGUGGAUCAGUGGAUGCAGCAAUUUGACAGAGUUCUCAGCCUCGAUGAUCCUGCCACCAUUUUGCUGGAUGGGAUCCAAUUCCGCUGCAUUGGUGACACUGCCAGGCUCCCGCGCCCGCUCCAGGCCAAGAUCUCGGAUGCCCAAUCCAUCACCAGCGGCAACACGGGCAUGAAACUCGUCAUGGCGAUUGGCUACGGCGGGCACAACGAUCUGGUCCAGGCGUGCCAGGCGCUGGCGCGCGAGGUGGAGCAGGGGAAAAUGGCUGUGGAGGAGAUUGACCAGAUCAACCUGGCAAAGAGAUUGAUGCUGGGCGAGCGGUGCGAGGAUGUUGGCGCGCCCGAGCUGCUCGUUCGCACCAGCGGCGAGCAGCGGCUGAGCAAUUUCAUGCUGUGGCAUCUCGCGUACUCGGAGCUCGUGUUUGAGAAGAAGCUAUGGCCGGAUUUUGGAAAAGAGGAGUACAAGAAUGCCCUGGUGGAAUUCCAGGGGCGUAUGAGGACCUUCGGAGUAAGACACUAG